AUGGAACAAAGGGGUAAACUUCCAUCUGAAACAAAGAAUCUGAAUGUGAGUGCCAUAACCUUGAAAUGUCAGAAAACACUUGGAGAAAGAAACCCCAAAAGAUUUUCAAGAGAUGAAGAUGAUGAGGUUAUUGUUGUUGCACCUUCAAGGGUGGUAGUUCCUCCAAAGGAACUGAUUGUGACAAAUAUUGAGCAAACCAAAUCUUCCAAUAAGACCAUCAAGCCAUUGGUCAUACCACCACCCUUCCCUUCCCGAUUAGCCACUUUAAAGAAAAAACAGGAAGAAAAUGAAUUCUUUGAAACUUUCAGCAAGGUCCAAAUCAACAUUCCACUAUUAAUGUCUAUUAAUCAAAUUCCAAGAUAUGAAAAAUUCCUCAAGGAUUUGUGCACUAAGAAGUGGAAAUUCAAGGCAAAUGAAAAGAUUCAAGUCAAUGAAAACGUGUCUGCGAUUAUCCAAAAGAAGUUACCUCGCACAUGCAAGGAUCCAGGAAUAUUUGCUAUCCCUUGUACCAUUGGUGAUUUGCAUGUUGGAAGUGCCAUGUUAGAUCUUGGAGCCUUGAUUAAUGUGAUGCCAUAUUUAGUUUUUCAAUCUCUCGAUGUCGGAACUUUGGAAGAAACCAGAGUAAUCAUUCCAUUAGCGGACAAGUCAAGUGUGUCUCGAAGAGGAGUGUUGGAGGAUGUGUUAGUACAAGUUAAUCAACAUUUCUUUCUUGCUAAUUUUUAUGUCAUUGAUCUUGAAGAGAAGACUCCUUCCAAGUCAUCUAUGGUCCUCCUUGGAAGACCUUUCAUGAAUACCACUCACACAAUAAUUGAUGUCCAUAAAGGAAAGAUAACUAUGGAUUUUGAUGGAGAAACCAUUCACUUCAACAUCUUUGAAGAAAUGAGGCCCUAG